AUGCGAAGAGAAAAUUGGCUGACCUUUCGUUCUGGUCACCCUCACCUGAUGCCUAAUCCCGGAGGCUUCGCCGGUAGCCGCUUGAAGUUCCUGGAGAACGAGUUGCCCGAGUAUACGAAGGCAGUCGCCAACAACCGAGACGGCGACUUCCUCUUGGACCUCCUGCGACGAUUCUUCAAACGUUAUCCAAUGGAACUGGAAGACAACGUGGAGCCAACAGAAGAGACGCUCGCAAGUGUGAACGACGAGGAGCCAGACGAGGAGCCAGCACAAGUGGCUACCACCUUUAUCAUAAAACUAAGGCACUUGCCUGUAGAGCUGUGUGUAUAA